CACCCAAGCCAAGGAAGCGAUGGCCAACAGACAGCUGACGGAGGGUGCACCCCACGCCGUGUCCGAUGAGACGCGCGCGCUUGCCGACACACUGAAAGCGCAGGGCAACGAGGCUCUGUCGCACUUCAAGUUUGCGCAGGCCGUGGAGCUGUACACGAAGGCCAUUGAGCUGGUACCCACCGCGAUCUUUUACGCCAACCGCGCAGCUGCACACGUCAAGAGUGAGAGCUACGGCCUGGCCAUCGAAGAUGCGUCGGCUGCUAUUGAGCUGGAAGCCAGCUACAUUAAAGCGUAUUACCGUCGUGGCUCCGCGGAGCUGGCACUCGGUCACCAUAAGAAGGCGAUUAAGGACUUCCGUCUCGUGGUGCGCAUAAAACCCCAGGACCGCGACGCGCGUGCUAAACUCAAACUUUGCGAGAAGAUCAUCAAGGAGGCGGCGUUUGCGGCGGCAAUCCAAUCAGAGCGCAAUCUGCCGCUCUCGGAGACCAUCGACGUCAAUUCUCUGGUCGUAGAUCCGUCGUACGAUGGGCCAUGUCUUCCAGAAGAUGUAUCGAAGACCAAACCCGACUUUAUUGUGGCGUUGAUGGAUCGCUUUAAGCGUGGCAAGCUGCUGCACCGGAAGUUCGUGAUCCAGAUUCUACUCAAGCUUAAGGAGAUGCUGUGUGCUCUGCCGUCGUUGCUACGUGUUUCUUUGCCGACUGACGACCCGGACGCGCACUUUACGGUGUGUGGAGACACCCACGGCCAAUACUACGACGUGUGCAAUAUCUUCUCGCUUAACGGGCUGCCGAGCGAAAGCAACCCGUAUUUAUUCAAUGGCGACUUUGUUGAUCGAGGCUCGUUCUCGUUCGAAGUGGUUAUGACGCUGUUCGCCAUGAAGCUCGUGUAUCCGCAGCACGUGCACCUGUUACGUGGCAACCACGAGUCCAAGAACAUGAACAAGAUCUACGGUUUCGAGGGCGAGGUGAAGCACAAGUAUGACGAGACGGUCAUGCAGCUCUUUACCGAGGUGUUCAACUGGCUGCCUCUUGCGGCUGUGAUCGAAAACAAGGUGCUGGUGGUACACGGCGGUCUUUUCAGUGACGAGAACGUGACGCUGGCAGAUAUCGAGAAGAUCGACCGCAACCGUGAACCUCCUGAGAGUGGACUCAUGAGCGACCUGAUGUGGAGUGACCCGCAGCCCUUCCCGGGUCGUGGCCCCAGUAAACGCGGCAUCGGUCUGUCUUUCGGUCCUGAUGUUACCAAGGCUUUCUUGGAGCUGAACAACCUUGACUUGUUGGUGCGCUCACACGAGGUCAAGGACGAAGGUUACUUAGUAGAGCACGACGGCAAGUGCAUCACUGUUUUCAGUGCGCCGAACUAUUGCGACCAGAUGGGCAACAAGGGCGCGUUCAUUCGCUUUGAGAGGGACAUGCAGCCCCGAUUCACGCAGUUUGUUGCAGUUGAACACCCCCCGAUUCGACCGAUGGCAUAUGCUGGUAACAUGGGCGGUAUGUUUGGCUAG